GAGGGGGCGAGGGGGCGCUCGGCUCACGUUGUAAGAGCGAUCCCAUGGGCAUUCUAACCUCCAGGAGUUUGUUGUCAUUUGCAGAGUUACGUGAGUGCCCCGUCCUCGCGGUGAACUAGACUCACGCCAUCGCCGCGAAGCAAGUGCUCUGCAUCGGGGAAGCCCACCAGCAUCAGUUUGUUCGGUCGGCCGAAAGUUGCCCUUAAGUGACAAGAAUGGAAGACGCUGCAAUGGACGUGGAUAGCAACAAGACUGUUCUCUGUCGGUUUAUGUCAGAGGCAGGAGAAGCUAUCGGAAAUUUACUUGACCUUCCAUUGAAUAUAACACGUGACAAAUUGCAAUUGAUCUGCAAUGCUCUUCUACAACAGGAGGAGAAUAUGCCAUAUAUUUUUCUCGUGAAAGAGAGAGAAAUUACGGCUUCUUUGGAAAAUGCUCUUGACAAAGACACCUUAAACACAGAAGAAGUUAUAGACAUUAUUUAUCAACAACAGGCUGUAUUUAGAGUACGGCCAGUGACAAGAUGUACUAGCUCCAUGCCUGGACAUGCUGAAGCUGUGAUAUCAGUUCGUUUUAGCCCAAAUGGAAAACUUCUUGCCAGUGGUUCUGGUGAUACGACUGUCCGCAUGUGGGACAUUACAACCCAAACACCUCAUGUCACAUGCACAGGUCACAGACAUUGGGUUCUGUGCAUAGCAUGGGCUCCGGACUCUUCGCGCCUUGCUUCUGCUUGUAAACAUGGCCACAUUAUUAUCUGGGAUGCUGAGUCUGGAAAGCAAGUCGGCCGCACAUUGUCUGGACACAAACAGUGGGUUACUUCCUUGAGUUGGGAACCUUACCACAGAAAUCCUGAUUGUAGAUAUCUAGCCAGUUCAUCAAAGGAUGGUGACAUUCGCAUUUGGGACACUGUUCUGGGUCAAACAGUUCGGAUUCUAACAGGACACACCAAAAGUGUCACCUGUGUUGUUUGGGGUGGUGCAGGAUUGAUUUACUCGGCAUCACAGGAUCGAACAAUCAAAGUUUGGCGAGCUGAGGAUGGUGUCAUGUGCCGAACUUUGGAAGGUCAUGCUCAUUGGGUUAAUACAUUAGCUGUUAACUGUGAUUAUGUUCUAAGGAUAGGCCCAUUUGAUCCUAUUAUCAAUCCUCAUGGAGUGACUAAAGACAAAGCCGCUUUGCAAAGGGAUGCUGAGCAGAGCUAUAAGAAUGUUGUAAAAGAGGAUGGUGAACGAUUGAUUAGUGGCUCAGAUGACUUCACCUUGUUUCUGUGGAGUCCUGAGAAAGAGAAGAAAGCUGUUGCUCGAAUGACCGGUCACCAGCAGUUAAUCAACUCUGUGCAAUUUUCACCUGAUGCAAGAUACGCUGCAUCUGCUUCAUUUGACAAAUCUGUCAAGUUAUGGGACGGAAAGACCGGAAAAUUUAUUGCAACGUUCCGAGGUCACGUGCAGGCUGUCUACAUGGUAGGAUGGUCGCCAGACUCGCGCUUGCUCGUCAGUGGCAGUGCUGAUUCCACUCUCAAAGUAUGGAGUAUGAAGACACACAGACUGGAACUAGAUCUCCCUGGGCAUGCUGAUGAAGUUUACGCUGUGGACUGGGCUCCAGAUGGCAUGAGAGUUGCUUCAGGGGGAAAAGACAAAGUACUCAGACUGUGGCAACAUUAGGUGCAGGGAAUAUUAAAAAAUGGCAGAUAUGACUGUGUUGUGAAAUUUUAUUUCCAAUAAAAGGUACAUAUCUCUUUA